AUGGACACUGGGUCGUACAUGAACGAAGACACGUUCACUAAUCCGAACUGGAAAGAGGAUUACUUUGGUCCUAAUUACGAUAAGCUGCUCUCAUUGAAGCAGAAGUACGAUCCUGACUUCCUUCUGUAUGGGAAGCCAAACCCAGGGCAUGAGUUUUUCGAGGUUGAUGGUGACGGGCGCCUGUGUAGAGUUGAGUAA